AUGUCGAGGAAAAUGUUUUUGCAAGCCAAUCUACAAAGAAUCCAGAACCAGGCCAUGCGUGACCUAACCAAGAAAAUGUUGGAACCCAAUCCCGAAAAAAGAAUGACAUCGUCGGAUGUCGCUAAAAAAUUAGAACAAAUCAGGGAAUUGGGAAGUGGAGGUUAUGGAAUAGUUUUCCAAGGCGAGUGGAAUAACAUUCAAGUGGCAGUCAAACAAAUUCUUUCAUCCAAAGUCGAAAGUAACAAACUAGAGGAAGAAGCGUUACAAAAGCUGAAUCAUCCGAAUGUUAUCAAACUUUUCUACGUGGAAAGCAACUCGGAGAAUAGACAUUAUGCGAUGGAAUUGUGCGCUGCUUCACUAGACGAAUUAUUUUUGAAUGAGAAGGAACAAAAAAAAUUUCUAGUACCAAUGCCACCAGAAACUAAAGUUUUCCUCCAGCUGGCCGAAGGGCUCCAAUACAUCCACGAAAAAAGUCUGAUCCAUCGCGACAUUAAACCCCCAAAUGUUCUGAUUCACGUCAAGCUGUCGGAUAAAUGGUUCCCACCGGUAAUAUUGAAAUUAAUGGACGACACAGAAGCUAAUUUAACUGAAUGUCAAGCAAAAUAA